AUGCAACCAACAGAACGAAGAUACCCACAAAUUGAACAGCUGGCCUUAACACUGGUGACAACAGCGAGAAGACUCAGACACUACUUCCAGAGCCACACAAUAAUUGUAAGGACGAACCAACUGUUAAGGCAAAUAUUGACAAAACCAGAACUGGCAGGACGAUUGACCAAAUGGUAUGUCGAACUUUCUGAGUUCGAUAUCCAAUUUCAAUCAAGGUCGGCUUUGAAGUCACAAAUCCUAGCAGACUUCGUUUUCGAGCUCACACCUGAUGACUACCACUACAACCAGACCUGGGAAUUACACAUAGAUGGAGCAUCAAACCGAGAAAGAAGCGGAGCCGGGAUAGUACUAAAGGAGGGAGACACAGUAAUGGCCGAGCAAUCCCUACAAUUUCAUUUCUCGGCAAGCAACAAUCAGGCCGAAUAUGAGGCGCUCAUAGCAGGACUUAAGCUCGCCCUCAACCUCCAAGUACAGAGCCUAACAGUACAUUGUGAUUCCCUAUUGGUGGUUCAACAAAUCAAAGGAGAAUUCCAAGUAAAAGAUCUUUUGUUAGAACGGUAUUGGCUCAUAGCAAAGGAUCUCAUUUCAAAAUUUGAUAAAUUCAUCAUAUUACAUAUGCAUAGAGAAAAGAACAUCAGAGCAGACAUAUUAUCUAAACUUGCCACUACUAGGGCAAGUACACAAACAUCGACAUUAUCACAACUUACACUAGAGAAACCUAGCAUCAAAUUAUUAUCCAUAACGAACAUUAACCAUCUCCACGACUGGAGAACACCUUUUCUCGAAUACAUUAAUGCAAGGGUCAUACCCAGAAAUGAGCCUAACCCUCAACACUUCAGACGAAAAGCAAGUCUCUAUACAAACAUAGCAGGAGAAUUGUACAGGCGUGGCUUUUCACACCCAUUAUUGAAAUGCCUCGACAAAAAUGAAGCGAAUGAAGUAAUGAACGAGGUCCACGAAGGCGUAUGUGGAAACCACAUAGGAGGACAAGCUCUGGCAGCAAAGAUUAUCCGAACAAGAUAUUGCUGGCCGACCAUGAAGGGGGACUGCAUAACAAAGGUCAAAAACUGCAACAAUUGCCAAAAGCAUGCCGCCAUAUCCAUGAAGCCCGCCAAGGUAAUGCACAGCAUGGAGGUAAGCUGGCCCUUCCAUAGAUGGGGGCUCGAUAUCCUCGUCCCAUUCCCAACAGCACCGGGCGAGACACCGUUCAAGCUGGUCUACGGAUUAGAAGCACUAAUUCCGAUCGAAGUCGGCGUCCCUACAUUUAGAACCGAGCUAUACGAUCAACAACACAAUAUCAACAUAAGGAACGCCGAGCUUAAUCUCGCCGAGGAAGACAUGGACAUAGCCGCCAUCAAACAAAGAGCAAUGAAACAACUAAUUGAGAGAAGGCACAACAAAAAAGUGGUGCCAAGAACAUUCAACGAGGGCGACCUAGUCCUCAGAAGAACAGAGGAAGCAAGGCGACCUCCAUCACAUGGUAAACUCGCCGCGAAUUGGGAAGGACCAUUCCGGAUUUCAAAAGUGCUCGGAAUGGGAGCUUACCAACUACAAACACUGCAAGGCGAGCCUAUAUCAGGAAACUGGAAUGUAUCUUCAUUAAAGCUGUAUAGAUCAUAA